AUGUUCAAUGAAUUUGGCCUACCCGGAAUCUGGGGCAUACUCAUGUGGGAAGUGACCGAUCAGGAAGGGUCAAGACUCAAUGCUAGCUGCAAGGACGAGUGUCAGAUUAAGACCAAGAGGCAUGUCAUCUUGGACGACGGACAAGGAACUGAGGUCUGGAUUGCGAAUAUCCUUAUCCAGAAGGAAGAACAUUUCAUCUAA